AUGACUUCAGUGUCGUCCAGACAAGUCUUAUCCUUAUAUAAGCGUAUGCUUGAGAAGGCAACCAAGUUUGACAACUAUAACUUUAGAGAAUAUUCAAAAAGGAGGAUCAGACAUGGGUUUAAACAAUCCAAGAACGAAUCAGAUCCAGCAAAGAUCUUAACCUUAUACAACAGUGCUGUCAAUGAUCUUGGGCUUUUGGAGAGACAGACAGCCAUUUCACAAAUGUAUACGUUUGAAAAGUUGGUAGUUGAACCAUUAAAGAAGCAUGUUCGUCAUGCGUAA